UCGACUUCCUCCCGCGGUCAGGUUCCGUUCAAAACAAAUCUGGAAAACUACACGGAACGCCAUUUCUCGGGGUUUGCGCGGAGGAAGAGCGGGGAUUUAUAUAUUUUCCAUUCACAUAUUUACAUUUUUUAAUAGCGGCGCGGAUCGUACUCCAUUCGGCAGCGAUGGACAUAAUGAUUGCAGUGCAGGAUGCGUGCGUCUCCGGUCAGUGGAUCACCGCUAUAAUUCUCAGUCUUUGCUGCUUUUUACCAUCGUGUUUGCCCGCUGGACAAACUGUGGACUAUGCUUCCAGCGAGAGUGUGGUAAGCAGACAGGGAGACACCGCGCUGCUCAGAUGCUACCUUUUGGAUGGAAUCUCAAAAGGAGCGUGGUUGAACCGUUCCAGUAUCAUUUAUGCAGGGAAUGACAAGUGGUCAGGGGAUGCUCGGGUGUCCAUUGUAUCAAAUGUGGGGGACAAACAUGAAUACAGCUUACAGAUACAGAAAGUGGAUGUAACAGACGAGGGCUUGUACACCUGCUCGAUACAGAGUGAACGUAAUCCACGGCCAAAGCUCAUUCAGUUAAUUGUAAAAGUUCCUCCCAAAAUCUAUGACAUUUCAUCGGAUGUUACGGUAAACGAAGGCAGCAAUGUUUCACUCAUCUGCACAGCCAGUGGAAAACCAGAGCCAAAAAUCUCUUGGAAACACAUCACUCCAUCAGCCAGGAAGUAUGAAAGUGGAGAGUAUUUAAAUAUCACAGGCAUCACUCGGGAUCAAGCAGGGGACUAUGAAUGCGGUGCAGAAAACGACAUUGCUUCACCCGACACCAAGACCGUGAGAGUCACAGUCAACUAUCCUCCAGCAAUCCAUGAGAUGAAAAGUCAUCGGGUUCGACCCGGUCAGAUGGCCCUGCUGAGAUGUGAGGCAGCAGCUGUCCCCUCUCCUGUCUUCGAGUGGUACAAGGGAGAGAAAAGGAUUAACAUGGGUCAAGGAAUAGACAUCAAGAAUCUCAGCUCCAGAUCAAUUCUCACAGUGAAAAACAUAACACAGGAUCGCUAUGGAAACUACACCUGUGUGGCUGUCAACAGGUUGGGAACAGCCAAUGCCAGUGUGCCUCUGAUUCCUAUUAUUGAAUCCACCACAACUAGUGCUGUCUCAAGUCCAGCGCCCAACACCGCUCCAUAUGGAAGUACAGGAGGCUCUGAAGUCCUGCUGGCCUGCUGGUACCUGAUCCUGGCUCUCUCUUCUCUCGUCAGUGUUUACUAGCCCUGGGGAUGGCCAUACACAAUGACUGUAAAGAACCCUUUUGAGAAUUUACAGAAUCUUUCACAUCGCUGAUGGCUGGAUCCAAUCUGGUACAGUUUGUUUGGAAAGUAACAAGGGAUUUUAAUCAGCAUUACUUAUGUUGGGAUGGUAAUUUUUUUCUUUGGUGUUUGUAAAUACAUGCGGUUUUAGGGGUUUGGUUUUGUUUUUCUUGUUUUUUAUUUUUUCCCCACUUUGUGAAUCAGAGCACAUUGUCCCCCUUUGAAGGCUUCAAAAUUAGCUGAAAUCAUGCUUUGGAAAAUUGAGGGUGUUUGACAUUAGUGUCUUUGUUAUUGAAAAUGGAAAGGCACCCUAGUGUGCCACCUUGCUCUCUGUGCUGGUACAACAUUUACAUACCAUUAAACGGGGAAGUAUUUAAAUCAUCAAACCCAUGAGUCAAAAAACACUGUCUUACAUUUCAAAAAUGGAUUAUAUGAAAAAAUAAACUUAUAUGGUAGAUGGCAAAAGGAAAUUAAAGAGUAGUUUUAGUAUAAUAUCCCAAUGAAAUAUGAUUAAUCAUUUUGUGGACCAAAAUUACAGCCAUACCUCAAAGGUUUAGACCUUUGUGCUAUAUAGCCUUUUUCAUUUGACUGCAUUAUACAAAGUAAGUUCAUAACCCAUACUAGUUAUUCUACAAAUACAUGUUUCAGUUAUGAUUGCCUCUCCUCAAAAGUUUUUUAUUGGGGAGAAAUCCUUGAUUGUAUUCCAGAUUAAAAUAUAAGUGUAAGAUAGAGUGUAAGUGUACGUGAUAAAUCUUUAAAAAAUAAUAUUGGGCUAUUUAAAGGGGUAAUUCUCUCAUCAUUUACUCACCCUCAUGCUAUCCCAGAUGUGUAUGAAUUUAUUUCUACUGCUGAGCACAGAUAUACAUGCUAUACUGCUGAGCACAGAUAUUUAGAAGAAUAUCUCAGCUCUGUAGGUUCAUACAAUGCAAGUUAAUGGUGAUCAGGUCUUUGAAGCUCCAAAAAGCACACAAAGGGAGCAUAACAUUUACAUUUAUGCAUUUGGCAGACGCUUUUAUCCAAAGCGACUUACAGUGCAAUUAUUACAGGGUCAAUCCCCCCAGAACAACCUGGAGUUAAGUGUCUUGCUCAAGGACACAAUGGUGGUGGCCAUGGGGUUAGAACCUGUGACCUUCUGAUUAACAGCCCUGUGCUUUAGCCACUACGCCACCACCACCACCAUAACGUGAUCCAUAUUACUCCAGUGGUUUAAUCCAUGUCUUCUGAAGUGAUCCAGUUAGUUUUGGGUGAGAACAGACCAAAAUAUAACUACUUUUUCACUGUGACAUUGCAGUCUCUAGGUGAUCAUGAUUUCAAGCUCGAUUAAACUUCUUAGUGCUUGAUGUAUGCGCAGCGCGCUAGAUGGCGCUAUAGGAAGUGUAUAUGAGAUUGAAAUCAUGAUUGCCAAGAUGUACAGUGAAAAUGUAGCUAAGCUUUGCUCUGUUCUCGCCCAAAACCAACUGGAUCUCUUCAGAAGACAUUGAUAAAACAACUGGCGUCAUAUGGAUUCUGUUUAUGCUGAGUUAUAUGCUUUUUGGAUCUUCAAAGGCCUGAGCUCCUUUCACUUGCAUUGUAAGGACCUACAGAGCUGAGAUAUUCUUCUAAAAACCUUUGUUUGUGUUCAGCAGAUAAAAGAAAGUCAUGCACAUCUGGGAUGGCAUGAGGGUGAGUAAAUGAUGAGAGAUUUUUUAUUUUUUUUUAAGGCUAAUCAUAAAACAUAAAUUAGACACAUGCAAUAGUCAAAAUCAGUCUCGUUCUAAAAGGUUAUAAAACAACAAAGCAGUGUCACAGAGCUCUGUCCCGAUGAGAGUUCUAUAUGUAAAAAAGAAUGGAGAAAUAUUUAAUGAAUAUAGUAGUGCAUUUGAUGUUAUAUUAAACAAGACAUCAAAUAACAAUAGCACAUAAGAGACAUUCUGCUGUUGGCAGCAUGCAGAAUAAUAUACUGGGCCAAUCCAAAGUGGAGGAAAAGCAGCAGAAAGAGAGUCAUAAUUGACGUGCACUUUGAUAGAAUUAAGAAAUUAUGGACAGUCGCUUAUGGAAUUUAUCUGAUCAAUAUUGGCAUUUUUUUAAACCAGUAAAUAUAUUUGUCUCAAUUUUUUAUUUUUAUUUUAUAGAUUAUGCUUUGUUUUAUGGUUGUAGUGAUUUGAACAGGAUUUUUAUAAUGUAUUGACAUAUUACUGCUUUGAUUUUGUCCUUGUGAAAUAGUUUCGAAAAGGGAAGCAGAAAAAAAGAAUAUGCACUUCCCUCGUAGGGACAAUAUGAAAUUUACAAGUGUGGAUUCAAACAUGUGAAUGAAUAUUCUUUCAAUAUAAGUAUGCAGUAUGGCAUAGUUUACAAUGUUGUCUUUCAUUUUAGAUGCCACAACUGUUGUUGAUUCUUGUCAAACAAGUAGAAGUUGGAAAAGUGAACCGUUUGUAAUCAAAUAAUAUACUUUUAACUCCGAGGGUGUGAACCAGUCAUAUGGUAUAAUAGAAAACGAGUCACGUGUAUAUUUGAAGAAAGUAGAAUUCAUUUUAACUUCUUGGUAGAGCCAGUGUCUAGGUUUAGUUUAACCUCUACCCUAGUUCCCACACACUUGUUGUAUACUACGAUGUGCAGAAAUUAUAAAUGUGCUGCAUGUCAAAUGAAUAUGUAUGUUAAGGUGGCCGUUUACCAUAAAUCAAUAAUUUGAGAACAAAACCAGGCUGCUUUGACUUUAUGAAAUGUGUUCCACACUACUGAACAUCACAAGAUUUGUGGGCAAUGAUGAAAUGUUCUUUUUAUGUAUAAAUCAUCACAGAAUCUUUUCUGCUCAGUGUGCAAUAUUGGGUAUACUCCUCCAUGCUCAAGCAUUUAUGUGUGCUAAAAUUGGUCAAUUUUGUUUAUCCAUCAAAAGUUUACAUUCUUUUUGUAUAUUAUUUCUUGCACUUUUUACAUAAAUGUCAAUACCAGGGCAAAAUACAUAAUGAAUGACAGGAAAAACAAGUCAUCACAAUACGUAUUCAUUGUAUUGCACUUUAAAUCAUGUACACUUACAAAAGUUAUACUCUGAAUUUAGAUUUAAAAUGUGUCUGUAUUAUGAGGUAAGGCAAGAAAUUUACAGUGACCAGUAAAUUGAAGAGAGAGCAUCUUGUUAUUUUUUAUCACUAAAAAGCACAGUAUCAUAUAGAUUUUACCUAAACGUUUGUGUCCCUGUGCUUAUUGCAAUGCCUCAAACACCAAACAAAGAGAUGUUAAAAUAUUGAUUUAUGAUCAUACUAAGGCCUGGCUCUCAUUGUAAUGUAAAAAGUACAAUUGCACUUGCUUAUCUUUACCACAAGCCUCCAUAAUCGCGAUUAACACCAAUUGCUUUGAAUGGAAAAUACGCUGCAUUUCAUAUCAAUGCAUUUCAUAGCAUUUGAGUCCACUCUAGAAGCAAGUACUGUAUAAAAUGUGCCUUUAAAAUUAUUUAAUUGAUUCCAUGUCAAAUGCCAUGUCUAAGCAUCAUGCAUUUGUCAUUCUCUUAUACCAGAUGAAUAUCAGUGUUUGCAGUCAUUUUGACUUCCUCUAUUAUUCGUACAUCCCAAAUUAAUAGCUGAUAAAAGGGGCAUUUUUUUAACAUCUGCCAAUUUUAAGUUCUGUAAAGAUAUACAAGUAGCACAUGUUCUCUUAAUAAAUAUUGUGAAUACAACAUCAACAAAGAGCUCAUUAAACCAUUAUUAAAUCUGCAUAUAUGGAUAUCAAUAUAAAAAGGUUGAAAAAACAUGAAGGCAUUCAUGCAUGCGUAAUUCUCAGAAAAGUUACAGCAUUUAAAGAGUCUGUAAAUAACAGGCAAAUGUGCUGGAUAAUUACAUUCCUAGACAUGCAUUAAUGUUCAAUGACACUUAAAAAAAAAAAAAAAAAACCUACAUUAGCUUAGCUGUCGUCCUGUACAUGUAACUGAAAUUCACAUUGAUCUUGCAUGGUGUGACCUCACCUGCUGGUGGUCAGGACAACAUAAUGAGCUGAUGCUAUUUUGGAAUGAGUUUUAAAUCACUAGAAACAACACCGCAUGUUCUGGCCUGAGGAGACCCCUUCGUGUUUCUUCAUAACACCUUCCAUAAAGUCCUCACCGUCUGAACAUUGCUAUGAUUCAGCUCUGAUGAAGAAGGUAGAAGUUAGCAUUUGUGUUGUUUUUUAAAAAUCUAAGAACACAUAUAGAUAAAAAAGUACUGUUUGACCGAAAUAGGUUUUUAAAGGAAUAGAUCACCCAAAAAUGAACAUUUUGGCAUCAUUUACUCACCCAUAUGUAAUUUCAAACCCAUUGACUUUCUUUACUUCUGUGUAACACAAAAGGAAAUAAUUUAAUGAAUGUCCUUAAUGGAUUCAAAAUAAUACAAGUUAAGCUCAAUCAACAGAAUUUGUGGCAUAAUGUUGAUUACCACAACCAUUUAUUUCUUCUCGUCCCUCCUUUUUAAAAAAAAAAAAAAAAAACUGAGGUUACAGUGAAGCACUUAAAAUAGAAGUACCGGUAAAUGGGGCCAAUUGUUUUGAAGUGUUUAAAGACAGAAAUCUAAAGCAUAUAAUUUUAUAAAAGUAUCAAACAAGUCAUACAGUAAAAGUAGUCUGUGCAUCAUGUCUUCUGAAGGGGUAUACAGUCCCUUUUUCUGAUAAAUAGACUGUAAUUGAAGUCAUUUUUCACAAUCAAAUCAUUAAUAAAAUCCAUAAACAGUGCUGAAAUCCAAUAUGCUACACAAUAUGCUACAUCGAAAACAUCAAACCUCAUUUGUUCUUGCGCAAGAACCAACGAGGUUGUGAUAUGAUAUCAUGACGUUUGGUCAUGAGGCAGUGAUAACUUAUUGUAUUGAAUGCAGCCACUGGGACAUUUAUUAAAUUAUUUCCUUUUGUGUUCUGCAGAAGAAAGUAAUAUUGUUCAGAAAGACAUGAGGGUGAUUAAAUAAUGACAGACUUUAAUGGUCAAUGGUGAUACAUUUAUCUAGAAAACAGGGGACCAAUGGUUGAAAUAAUGCUGAUAUACAUAAUACAAUUAAAUUAUUGCAAAUAAGACAUACAGGAAAUUGCUGUUUUUGCUCAAAAUCACUAACAGUUUUUCAAAAACAGAAAAAGUGCAUUAACCAUUGACAAGGAUGUCAGUAGACUUUGGGACAGACACAGAAUGACUACUUCUGUUAAUGGGGCCGAUAAGCUCAAAAUGGCCAAAUAUAUAGGUCUUUCACUUAAGAAUAAGAGUCUUUAAUUGCAGUUUCUGGAUGUAUACAGUCAGCUCUUCUAGGAAAAGUCCCAAAAAAACAAACACUUCUAUCACAAGUAGAGCUGCUGGCAAGACAGAAUGAGGGUGGUAGGCGGCAUUGCAAUGAUUAAAAACCUGUCAGCUCCAUCCCGUCUCUGUCUUGGCCAGGCUCUUUUGAAAGUCGUUUGAGAGUGCUGUGUGUGCGGUCAGGGGAGCUGAUUCUUCUGACCUGGCAGUUAAUAAAAUUCACCCUAUGCCUUUGUCAGUUUCUGGAGGAUGAUUUUGUGGAGUGCAUGAGGGUGCUGCAUUAACCAGUGGUGAACGCUCACUCUCUCAGCAGCACUCUGGCAGACCUGACGGUAAUCUACAUAAACCUCUGUUCUUCUCCAAACGCUUGCCAGUAAUUGCAGUUUUGCAGUAUUCUAAUUGACUCCAUAGAGCUUUGUAAAAACAAAAACCUUUAAUCCUUCCCAAAGCCCAUUUGCUUUACGGCUAUUGUGUUAAAACUUCAAAUGAUACAAAACCGAUGACAAAUGCACCGGUUGCCGUGAAUGUACUUAUCCGUUAGAAACAUUCAUUGGCAAAAUAUUUGUCUGGAUAAUAAAGUAGCUGCCAAAAUGAGAAUGAGUGAAUUCUAAAGCUUUUCUCCGUCAAGUGUUUGUCAACCUCCUCGCUCAUUAUUUUCACUGAGCUGGAAAAUAAGUUAGCCAAGCACUGAUGCAGUGGUUUUGAUAAUGCUCAGGUUUUAACUGAGUCUUCUUUUGCUGAGCUCUGUGUGAAACUGCUGAUUGUCUCUCAUCGGGAGAAGCAUUUGUUUGAAAAGCAAGGGAUCAAUUUAGGAAGACAGUCCAGGUUUUUGAGAAAACAGUGGGAUCGGCCCCAACAACAGCAUUCACUGUUAUUCACUGUUAUGUCUCAUUAGAUGUCUGUUAGCCUGGUAAUGUGUUGUUAGCUGUUUUGAAUGGCAUGGGCUUUAUGUGUUGGCAUCUUUCAUAUCUUAAGCAGUUAUUUUGUAAAGUAAAAUAAGUCAACCAGUGAUACCACCAAUCUGCUAUGGAAUAAUUGAGCACAGAGGACACCCGCCAGAAAGAUUCAGAUCUCUAAUGGUUUUUAAAAUCAUUUAGGUUUAAAGAGGGCCAGCUAUGGUUACUUAUAUUUAUUUAU